CUUGCAGUAAAGGUGGAAAUGAAUACAUUUGGUGGUGGGGGGGGGAGAAAGUUGAGGGAAACAAUCCACUCCAUUAAAAGUGCUGAUUCUCGCUUUCGCUCGCGUUACACAUACAGGUCACCAGAUCCAAACAAUGGUGUCAAGUGACAGCCCGCAGCUGUCUGCGACACCACGCGUUAUAGACAGAGGACACACACACACACACACAGAGCCUAUUGAUCCAAGCUCGCUGCUGCCACAACCCUCGAUCUUUUAUUUCAUCCUUACAAACGGCCGGAUUGCUGAUUAAAUCUCCCUCUCGCGUUAUUGACGUAAUUGAUGAGUAUCGCUUUUUUUUUCUCUCUCUCUUUUUUUUUCCAAUCCGACCCCUCGAAUUAGAACCGGGAUUCGGCUGUUCGCCGCUUUACACACCUCGCUGUACUCUGGUUUGGUGAAAGGAUGGAUUGAAAUCUAAUGCAUCUGCCUGGUGAGCUUCACUGACGUCAGGACUCGGAAGCCUGUGACUGGACUGGAGCUGGGUUUGUGGAUAUUUCUAAAUAUAAUCGCUGCCCUGCCCGGUGCACAGUGCUCGCUCGCUGCCCGUCCACGACGCAUUGUCAUUCGGCAGCAAAGCACACGGACGGAGCACGUAUGUGAAACUGACGAGGAGAGUAAAGUUCACCGCCCGGAAUCCCUGGCUGCUGCUGCUGCUGCUGCUGCUGCUGCCGCUGCUGCCGGGGACUCGGUCCAGCUCACUUCUAGUUUCUUUGUUAUUCGGAUCGUGGACUCAACUAUGAAUAAAUCGCCCCUUUGGCUUCCCGCUGUUGACAAGCUGCCGAUACAAAAAUAACCAUGUCGGUUCGCAUCGUGGCGUUGGGGAACGAGAAAGGGGGCUUCGAAGAAAGCUUGCAGCAACCGGAUCUGAUCACCACCUAUUUCGGCAGACAUGCUAUUAUCCGGCACAUUGAAGAGAGGCGGCUGCUGGGGUUUGCUACCCACAACGGAUUCCCUGCAUUCGUCGAGUACCAGGCGUAUGUCUUCGGCAGAGUCCGGGUGCUAAUUCACGACUGUCCCAGUUGGGAAUUAUUCGACAAUGACUGGUAUAAGUCUCGGAAUAUAGUUGGGCUGGCAGACAUCAUUGUUCUCAAAUAUUCCGUCAAUGACAAAAACACAUUUCAAGAAGUGAAAGAUAACUACGUGCCGAUGAUUAAGAGGAUACUGAACCAGUGGACAGUUCCAGUGAUAAUUGCUGCUAUUGGUACAAGACAAAAUGAAGAGAGCCCGCCUUGUUCGUGCCCAUUGUGCACAUCAGAUAAAGGGAGCUGCGUUCCAUUCUAUGAAGGAUUAGAACUGUCAAAAGAAAUUGGAGCUGCCUACUUGGAACUUCAUAGUCUCAAUGACUUCAAUGUGGGGAAGUACUUUGGAGGAGUGUUGGAAUACUUCAUCAUCCAAUGUUUAAAGCAGAAGUCCUCUGAGAAGAAAAAGAAAAGGAGUAGCAGACCCCAACUAAUUCCGCCACCUAGACUUAAGGAGCCAGUCAAAUUACCAUGUUUAAAGAUUGAGACAUCCCGGUUCCACUGUGACUUGCUUAGCCUUUUCUGCAGCUCUUCAUGUACAGACGUGGCCUUCUCUUCCAAGGAUGGGCACGAGGUGGCUAGAGCUCACAGACUUGUGCUGUGCACAGCAAACUAUGUCUUCAUGCUACUGUUUGGUGUGGCGAUUCCUGGCAACUCUGGCGAAUUACCUGGGAAGAUUGCUCACAAUCUAUUUCUAAUAGAAAAGGACAAUGCAAUGAACUCCGGUCAAACGUUACUUCAAAACAUCCUGCCAGUAAGGGUCAUCAUUUUAGACUCACUGCUGUGUGUCUGCUUCUCAGAGGUCUUGAAGUUCAUAUAUGCAGGGACUGGCAACUGGGAUGAAUUAAAAUCGGUCCUCUGGAAGAAGUUAAAAAAUCUAGAAGAAGUCAGGCAAGUGUUGGAAACACUCAAACUUCUCUUCAGAUGCAACACUAAGGCAUUUUAUUCCAAUGGGAUUGACUAUCAAACAGCAAAACGCAAGGAACAAUCUCAACGUUGCUGCUGUUCUUUAAGCCUUUUCCUCAAAAACCCUAACUUGGCUGAUGUCAUCUUUGAAGUACAAGAUAUCUCUGUAUAUGCUCAUAAAGCCGUCUUGGUGGCUCGUUGCGAUGUUAUGGCUGCAAUGUUUAGCGGAAACUAUUCUGAAACAAAUGCGUGUAAUGUUCCUAUUCACGGUGUUUCCAAGGAAACCUUCCUCUCUUUCUUGGAGUACCUGUACACUGAUUCAUGCUGCACAGCCAGCAUUCUCCAAGCGAUGGCUCUUCUUAUAUGUGCUGAAAUGUACCAAAUACAUAGGCUACAGCAGAUAUGUGAAUCAUGCAUUGUUACACAGUUACAGAGCAUGCCCAGCAGAGAACUUGUAUCAACCAACCUCAACAUUGUCAACUUGUUUAACAAGGCAAAGUUCCACAAUGCGACCAGAUUGUCUACCUGGCUACUGCAUUUCAUUGCCAGCAACUACCUCAUUUUCAGUCAGAAGCUGGAAUUUCAGGAGCUUUCGGAUGAAGAAGAAGCUUUUGUGGAAAGUCAUAGAUGGCCAUCAAGUUCUUACUUGCAGGAAUUGACUGAAUACAGGCAUCACAUUCACUCUGGGAGAUCUCGUUGUAUUCUCAUGUAAUGGUUUCUUGAACUGUCCUUGGAUACCUAUUGAGACUGAAAGAUUGGACAGUUAGAAAACCUUGCGCUAUCGUAGAAAAACAAAACUGAAGUCAACGGAAUCCCUGAACCCCCAUUGACGAUUUGAUGCUUGGACGAAACCCCCGACUCUGAACAUUCCCAUUUUGUUCCUGCACAUUGUUUGUUUUUCCGAAAGCUUGAAACUCUUGGACAAGCACAAUCAUGUCCUGGAAUACAACCCACCCAACUUUAAGACAACUCUAAAUCUUAUUUCCAUGAUGAAUUUAUGGGCCCUGCCUUUCAAAUGUGAAGAACUAUAUUUGACAUACUUAUUAUCUUGCUGGUAGGACUUCACAUUUGCUAUGUUGAAAUAAGCAACAAUGCACAUAAUAAACAUAUCCCAUUUUAA